AUGUUAUCGUGUUUUGUGUUAAAUGAGCUCACCGGUCGUUUACCAAAGACGCCGGUUGACAUCAAGUCAAUUAAAUUACCAGAAAAUAUUCAGUUGGCUGACCCCAUGUUUUAUCAGCCAGCUCCCAUAGAUGUACUAAUAGGUGCUGAUCUCUUCUGGGACAUUCUAGGCAACGAACAACGUUCUCUAGGACCAAACAAUCCUAAGUUAAGGAGUUCACAGUUAGGUUGGAUAAUCUCUGGCCCUAUAAAUUCAGCAGUAUCUAGCAAUAGGAUACACUAUAAUCACGCCAUUGUCUCUUCAUCACAAAAUGAAAAUAUAGAACAGUUAGUUUCUAAGUUAUGGGAGUUAGAAGAAGUUUCGAAAAAGUCAAUCAUAACUGAAGAUGAAAGCGCGUGUGAAAGGCACUUUCUCGCUAAUACCAUUAGAGAUGAAGAAGGUAGGUUUUGUGUCAAAUUACCUUUGAAAGAAUCAGUAGAUUGUUUAGGUGAUAGCUAUAAUCUUGCUAAAAAACGAUUUAUUAAUUUAGAAAAACGGUUCAAGCGUAAUCCAAACCUUAAAUCUGAAUACACAAAAUUCAUAAGAGAAUAUGCAGAAUUAGGGCAUCUCUCUGUAUCUAAUUAUAAUAGUUCACCUGUCCCUCCCCCAGCGUACUACUUGUGUCAUCAUGCGGUCAUACGUCAAGAGAGCGAGUCUACCAAGCUCCGCGUAGUAUUCGACGGCUCAGCCUCUUCUACAUCAGGACACUUCUUGAUCGGGAGACCGUUAACUGCUCCACCGUCGCAACAUCUGGGUGACUCUAAGGAAAGUACACUCCAAGGCUAUGAACGCUUAGAAAAAAUGCAGCAACACUUCUGGCAAAGAUGGCAGCGUGAAUAUCUGUCUGAGAUGCAGCAGAGAACAAAAUGGAAAAGCAGUACAUCAAAGCUGGACAUAGGAGAUAUGGUACUCUUAGCAGAUGACAAUGCUCCUCCACUAUCUUGGAAGCUCGGGAGAGUACUACGGCUCAUCACGGGAUCCGAUGGAAUAGCGAGAGUGGCAGACAUCACCACUAAUAAAGGCUGUGUGCGCCGAUCUCUAGUAAGGCUGUGCAAGCUACCGACAGCCGAGGAACUUCAAGGUUGAAAGUGAUCUUUCAACGGCCGGGAGGAUGUUCAGACUGACGCCUGCUCAAUAUUGCGUCGGGGCAUAGUGGCGCGAAAAUUGCCGUCGCCCGCAUCAGGCGCUUGGGCAUUUUUUAAUACAAAUCGGUCGCGGGUGUGCCACUUGUCCCGAGAUCACCGUAACGUUCACAUGUAUUUUUUAAUUAUACUAUUUUAAAGUAUCCGGUUGUUUAACUUAAGGCACCAUUCUAUCUACUAAAG